UUCUUCACAUGCACGCUCUUCCUCAGUCCUCGUAUCCCUGAUCGAGGGAAGUUCCUCGAGCUCCCAGAACAAGCGUAAUUGUGAGUCUAAAGAAGAACUAAAGUUACAUUGAAUGCGUUUUGAAUUAAAUGAAUUAUUAAAAAUAGGGCCGGAAAUAAUCCACCCCAGCCUCGUAUUCUGUAAGUAAGGGCCGUUAGGAAGACGCAUUUUUCCUUCGCCUAACAGGUCCCAGAAAGUAUCUGCGCCUAUUAAUAAAUCUAUGUUUAUAGAAUUUAAAAACUGCGGAUCUGCCAGCGUUAUGUUGUCUGGAAUACAGAACUGCUCGCUUAAUUGACAUAAGGCCGGCAACGAAGACGUUAUUCGUGAUAAAACAAAACAAGAAAUGCGCGUGAUGUAAUUAUUAUCAACGCGUUAUUUUAUUUCAAUGUUACAAGUCUCUGAACAUUGUAAAACUGAAUCGCCUACACCUCUAACUUCAAAAGUGGUCUGUAUAAUUAGUACGUUAAUUAAUUUGCGAAAUGAUUCGGUUAUAAAACACCGCUAGCUUCCAUUGUCAAGCAGCGCGCGCGCCUAUUACUAUAAUAUUAAUACCAUUACUAUCGGCGACUUCGACAACAGCUGUUGACAAUAGAACGGUGUGAGUGCCUAUAGAUUGAGCGCAAUCAAUUUGCAUGUGUGCUUUGUUAACGUGAAUCGGGAGCCGGUUUGCGGGAGCGGAGGAUGGGAUGCUCGCAGGCGGUGCCGCUGUGUCUGCGCUUGUCGCGGAGCUCCCAGUCGCCGUACUAAGUGCACGAAGUGCAACCGAAUUGUCUGUGUUUUCACUAUGGAUCAAUGUGUUAUGUUUUCGGUUACAUUUCCUACACGGACCGAACCUACAACUAUCGAGUGCGCGUCCUGAACGUAAACAAUUCUUGCAAAGCUUGUUUGUUUAUCGUUCCCGACUCUAUAUAAAGAACUUCACACGCAUAACUAGCGGUAUUUGCGUUCACGUUACGCGUCCAGUGUGUCGCUCUGUUUGUUUACUUGAUUAUUCAAACGAAGGAAACAUGGCAUCCCGGGAACCCGCGUCUGACCAACUAGUGGACUAUAAAAAAUCUAUCAAGGAUUCACCUGGAUUUAUCACAACAAAGUCCGGUUCACCAGUGGGCGUGAAAACUGCUAUCCAAACUGUUGGCAAGAAUGGCCCUGCUCUUCUUCAAGAUGUAAAUUUUUUGGAUGAAAUGUCUGCUUUUGACAGAGAACGUAUCCCAGAACGUGUGGUGCAUGCGAAGGGCGCAGGUGCCUUUGGUUACUUUGAAGUCACUCAUGAUAUUACAAAGUACUGCGCUGCAAAGGUGUUUGAGUCUAUUGGAAAGAAAACACCAAUUGCUGUACGAUUCUCUACAGUUGGAGGAGAAAGUGGUUCUGCUGACACUGUACGUGACCCAAGAGGAUUUGCUGUAAAGUUCUACACAGACGAUGGCAACUGGGAUCUUGUUGGUAAUAACACUCCUAUUUUCUUCAUUAGGGACCCCACACUAUUUCCUAGUUUUAUUCAUACUCAGAAGAGGAAUCCAGCAACGCACUUGAAAGAUCCUGAUAUGUUCUGGGACUUCUUGACUUUGAGGCCUGAGUCUGUACAUCAAGUUCUUUAUCUAUUUGGAGACCGUGGUAUUCCUGAUGGCUACAGGCAUAUGAAUGGAUAUGGCUCCCAUACAUUUAAACUUGUUAAUGCUCAAGGAGUGGCACACUGGGUAAAAUUCCACUACAAAACUAAUCAAGGCAUUAAGAACUUGCCAGUAGACAAGGCUGCUGAGCUUGCAUCCAAUGAUCCCGACUACUCCAUCAGGGAUCUGUACAAUGCUAUUGGAAAAGGAGAUUUUCCAUCUUGGACUCUUUACAUCCAAGUAAUGACAAUGGCUCAGGCUGAAACUUCUAAAUUAAAUCCAUUUGACUUAACUAAGAUUUGGCCUCAUACUGAAUACCCUCUCAUUCCUGUUGGUAAGUUGGUCUUGGAUCGUAAUCCUAAGAACUACUUUGCUGAAGUUGAACAAGUUGCCUUUAGUCCUGCUAAUCUCGUUCCCGGUAUAGAGCCUUCUCCCGACAAGAUGUUGCAAGGGCGCUUAUUCUCUUAUAGCGAUACUCAUCGCCAUCGUCUUGGAGCCAAUUAUUUGCAAAUUCCUGUUAACUGCCCGUAUCGUGUCAAAGUGACCAAUUACCAACGUGAUGGUCCUCAGGCCAUCAAUAACCAAGAAGGAUGCCCCAACUAUUUCCCUAACUCAUUCUCUGGGCCUCAGGAGUGCCCACGUGCUCAGCGCUUACAACCACGUUAUACUGUUAGUGGAGACAUAGACAGGUAUGACAGUGGUCAAACGGAAGACAAUUUCUCACAAGCUACUAUGCUGUACAAGAAUGUGUUUGAUGAUGCUGCUAAACAGAGGUGCAUCAGUAACAUUGUAGGUAAUCUAAAAGAUGCUGCAGGUUUUAUACAAGAGAGAGCCAUUAAAAUCUUUACUCAUGUUCAUCCUGAUUUAGGCAGCAAGGUAGCAGCUGGGUUGGCUCCUUUCAAAAAAUACCAUGCAAACUUGUAAAAGUACGAUUAGGAUUAAGGGGUGUUAUUCUUAGAGAUAACUAACAAUUUUUGAUGAUGACUGUAUGGGAAAAGUGGGGUAUUGAUUGUAAUCGUGUUUUUUUAUACAAGACACAAAGUUUUAUGUACCUUAAGAUUUAUUUGUUAUUUUGACUAUAUUCAGUUAUACAGCUAUUUGUUUUUAUUUACUACAAUGUAUGAACUUUAUUAAAAAAUAUAUAAAAAAUACCUAA